GCCUGUGUGUGUGAUCCUGUGUGUGAAUCCCUGGCUGCUGAUCAUACAGUCGGUGCUGCUGAUCAUACAGUCGGUGCUGCUGAUCAUACAGUCGGUGCUGCUGAUCCACUGUCUGCUGCUCGAGCUUAAAGGGUGUGUGGGUGAAAGAGAUGGUGCGGUCUGGAGCUGAUAGCUGACGUAGCUGAUAGCUGACGUAGCUGAUAGCUGACGUAGUUGAUAGCUGACAGAGCUGAUAGCUGACAGAGCUGAUAGCUGACUUAGCUGAUAGCUGACGUAGCUGAUAGCUGACAUAGCUGAUAGCUGACAGAGCUGAUAGCUGACGUAGCUGAUAGCUGACGUAGCUGAUAGCUGACUUAGCUGUAGUAGGAUGAGAUGAGAGAGGAUGGAACACACGGACAGCCCCGCCUCCCACAGCAGCGACCCCAACGGGUUCGUCAAUAAAGUCUUCAAUGUGUCUCUGGAUGUGCAGAAUGAGACCGGCACUGUAUCUAUCCAGGAGACUGGGAAGGGAGAGGGACAGGGAGAGAGUCAAGAAGAGGGUCAGGGUCCAGGCCAAGCCCAGGGACAGUGGCAGGGGGAUGGGGAUAGACAAGCAGAGACCCAGGCACCCCCUCAGACCCCUGGGAUGGAUCACCCGGAUGUCAACCGUAGACCAAGAGCUACAGGAGGCAUCUGGAAGAUCUUGACCCGGCGAAAAGCGGCUUCAGAACUGGAUAACAGAAGACCUCACUCCAUGAUCCUCCCUGGAGAGGAGGCCUUUAUCCCUAAACUGUCCUUCGUUGACAAGGUCCGCUCCAUCAAGAAGCUCCGCUCUCCGGGUGUCUUCAAGGGGAGGGUGGGUAAGAUGUCUAGGUCCAGCACUAAGUUCAGAGAUGGAGAGACGGAGGACGACUCGUUCUGCCGGGACUUCCUUCCCUCACCCGCCCUGCAUCCCGGUAGGAGCACACUCCGCCACUACGCCAAGAGGCACUCGUAUGCCGGACAUACCGCCGAGUUCGACUGCUCAUUUGAGGACAUGGAUCUGACAGCUACCCUGGACAGACACCAUCUUCCCUCGCUAGUGGACCCUGCUACCCAGAACGGCUCUAAGCCCACAGAGAGAGUCCCCUACACCAAGAGAUCUCAGGUCCAGGCUCAGGCGCAGGCCAAUCACUCCUCUAACUGUAACACUACCUCAGCAGAAGUGUGUGAGGAGCAGAGUGUGAGGGGCGGCCCCAAGGCCCCGCUAGGUGGGAGGAGGUCUAAGAGAGCUGACGUGUGGAGUUACCUGAGGAGGAUCUCUGUCCUGGGGAAGGGGAACCCGGCUUACUCGGAGAGGAGUUUUGACUCAGAGCUACACACACUGGACAGGACCAUGGACUCUGACUACGGCUCGGUGGACAUCGAGAGCAUCCGGGACUUUCAGCCAGCUGCUACAAAACACUCUGACAGCAAAGGUGGACAUUUUGGGGGUCUGAUUAAGUUCUUCAGCAACGUUGCAGAGACGGCUAGAAAAUGGCGAAUGUCUUCUCACUCCUUCUCUCCUCCAGAGGGGGGGGUGGAGCGGACGCCACUGGACUCCCCCAGAGCAGGGCAGCGUCUGGGGGACUACGUCCACAGUGUGUCCCUGACCCUCCGCAGUGAGGACCAUCCAGAGUGUCCCCCAACACCCGCCUCACCCCUGACCCCUCAUCCCCCUCGCUCCCCUACUUGUGACCCUGCCUCACCCACUCCUCUGAUAGGCAGACGGUCUCCUCGAGUGGUGCUGAAGGCCUGGAGAGUAUGUCCGGACUCACCAAGCGUUAACGGCCUGGCGUGUGUGAGCUCAUUGGAAACGGCCAGACAGACAGACAAACAGACAGAGAGCCAGCCAGUCAAACAGACAGAAAGACAGACACGGCACACCUCUGUAGCCACAGUAGAGAAUCAUGUGCCACACUCAAGGCUGGAGAGAGAGACUCAGAAAGAGACAGUGGGAGACAGAGACCACUUAGAAUGUCUGUCUACAGUGGAAGACAGAGAAAGAGAGGGAAGAGAGCGACACUCAGAAAAUUAUCUGGAUUCCGAGGAUGCUCUACCUGUCUCGGAUCAGACACACCUUCCAAACGGCCAAUCAAAAUUACGGGAAGAAGAGACCGUAGCCACUAGGGAGCCAGCAGGAAACUGCCACCAGGAAGUAUUUAAGGGAGCUCUAUCAGGCAGUGUUUUGAGGAGACCCAGGUCAGUCCAGUCCUAUUCUAGUCCAGUGAAGACCCCUGUCCCUCCCAAGCCCCCCCGCCCUCGCCCCCGUCCCGCCUCAGCCCUGGUCGACCUCCGAGUCUGCAGUCCUUUCCCAGAGGGCUGUGCGUUUGCCAUUACUCAGCAGGCCACAGGGGGCUCUCUGUGCCGGCACAGACGCAGGCCCGGUCCCAUGAUGCACCUCUUGCCGCCGGGUCGGAGACAGGCGGGCAGUCUGGCCAGACCAUGCUCUGUCAUAGAGCCCUCUGUUACCGUGGAGACAGACCCCGCGCAGAGUCACAGAGCCAUGUCUCGUCCCCCGGGGGCAUCACCUUUAGAGCCCCCCCUCAGAGUGUCUCUUCAGAGGUGUCACUCUCUCCCCCCCAGCAGCCUUACCACUCUGGCCCUUUUCCGGGACACACAGCAGACUCCCAGUCAUCAUCAAUGUGUCCUGGUGAUGGAAGGACUGGCAGCUGCAGGAGGAGACUGCUCAGAACAGGCUCUGGUCCACUACAAGUUAACAUCUUGAUAAGUGGAGGAUCUAUCGUCAGCGCUGAGGCAGUAUGGGACCAUGUGACCAUGGCCGACCGAGAGUUGGCGUUUAAGGCCGGUGAUGUCAUCAAGGUGCUGGACGCGUCCAAUAAGGACU